AUGGCUGUCGAGGAGACAAACGAUAUUAAUUGUUAUUCGCCGAAGACUGAGGAAGAAUAUGCCGAUCGUAUCGCAAGAUUACAGUCAGAAAGUCUGAUACCGUUAAAGGAAGAUCUGUCCGAUUGGCUCAACAGAAUACUGGAUACUAAUGAUAUAACAGCCGAUAACUUUAUGACCCGUUUGGACAACGGUGUGAUUGUAUGCAAAUUAGCCAAAUUGAUUCAGGAUAGAUGUGAUGCCACACAACAAGCAUUUAAUGGCAAACUAAGUCUUGCCUUAGAAGAGGAAAUUCCCAUAAAUGGAGUCAAUUUUAAGGGCUUUAUAAGACAGUCAUCAGCGGUGACAACAAAAUGUUGGGAAAAUGCGAAGAGUCAGUCGUUUUACGCGCGCGACAAUGUCUCCAAUUUUAUCAAAUGGUGUCGAAAGUUUGGGGUCAGAGAUGCCCUACUAUUUGAAAGUGAAGACCUGGUGUCACACGUGAAUCCUCGCAAUGUAGUCCUGUGUUUGUUAGAAAUCGCACGAAUCGCAUGUACUAAACACUCCUUCAGUCCGGCGCCCGGUUUGGUUCAGUUCGAGCAAGAGAUCGAUGAAUUGGAAAAUGAAACCAUCGAUGGCUGGUCUGUGUCGUCAAUAUCACACGAGUGUAAUAUAAGCUAUAGAAGCGAUACGGACACACCUGCCAAUGAAAUUGAAGGCAAUAGUAGUACACCUCGUAUGGCAUCUGUUUCCUCUCUCAAUAGCAGUAACAGCAGCUCAUCGGUCAACAGUACAAAUGCAUCGACAACACCAACAAAACUGAUGACAUCUGAAUUGGAUCAUAAGGUUAUGUUAAUUGCAAAAUCCUAUUACGGAAGGGAAGCACAUCAAGGCAUUCAACGUCUAUCUGAAGGCAAAUAUCGUAUUGCAAAUCGCAUAGUAUUUGUAAGACUACUCAAAGCCCGUCACGUUAUGGUUAGAGUAGGAGGUGGGUGGACAACACUCAGUCAUUUUCUUGAGCGUCACGGAGGAGAUCCUAAUCAAGAGAUAUCUGCCGCCGAUUUGUUACCUAUGGAGACGCGAACCGUUAGUGUGAGUGCCCGUCGCCGUAGUUAUGCACCACUAGUCAGUACAGCACAAACCACUGUAUCCCCCAAUACACCAACAUUUGGUAGAUAUAUCAGCUCAACACCAGUCAGUCGUCGCAGUUCAUUGUCGAGUCCCGAGCCAUGGAUGAGCACAUCCAGUGGCUAUAGUUCAUCAUCGGCCGGUUGUAACGGCAAUUCAACAUCAAUGAUGCCAACAACUCGAAGGCGACGGCGAGCCUCUGAGGCGACCACUGGCCGUAAACCAGUGCUAACUCAUAGGGCAUCCAUAGCUGGCAUCGGCUCACAUACGGAUAGCUCAUUACCUACUACUCCCACUCCAACCCCUCCCAGACCAACAUCUGAACCAAUUAAGAGCCGUUAUCCCAAUUAUUUGCACAGUUCUCAACACAUCACCAAUAAGUCCAAUGGCAUCACAUCCUCAUUGAUGUCAACCUCGCCAUCACUUAAUCUCUCCAAACAAAAUAUUUUCCGGAAAACUGUGCAAAAAAGUUGCUAAACAUUGCUCA